AUGUUCUCCCGAAGCCUGAAGUUGACAACCCCACCUUUCUCGUCGCUCUCUUCUCGUCCCCUCUCCUCUGCCCUCAAUUGCAAUCAGACCUCCUUCCUUUCCCUCCGGUCCUUCCAUCAGUCCUCCGCCGACAUGUCCAAGGUCUUCUUUGACAUCCAGUACGCUCCCGUCGGGACCAGCGCGCCCAAGACCGGCCGCGUCGUCUUCAACCUUUUUGACGACGUCGUCCCUCGAACUGCCAAAAAUUUCCGCGAGCUUGCGAAAAGACCCCAGGGUCAGGGCUACAAGGGAUCUGUCUUCCACCGCAUCAUUCCCAACUUCAUGCUCCAGGGCGGUGACUUCACCCGUGGCAACGGUACUGGCGGUGAAUCCAUCUACACAAGCGCUGAACUCGGCAAGCAGUUCGCCGAUGAGAACUUCAAGCUCAGGCACGACAAGCCCUUCAAGCUCUCCAUGGCCAACGCCGGCCCCAACACCAACGGUUCCCAGUUCUUCAUCACCACCGUCGUGACCUCAUGGCUCGAUGGCAAGCACGUUGUCUUCGGCGAGGUUGCCGACAAGGAGUCCGAGCAGGUCGUCAAGGAGAUUGAGGCUCUCGGCAGCCAGUCUGGUGCCGUCCGCUCUUCUGCCAAGCCUACCAUUGUCGACUGCGGUGAGCUAUAG